AUGUAUAUAAAAAAAUUAAAAGACUUAAUAUCAAUAACAUUAGAUGAUUAUCGAAAUGAGAGGUAUAGUGCAUAACAUAAUUAAUUGAUACUUAAAAAAAUAUGGCCAACUUUUCUUACUUUGGUGAAAUUUUAUACUAUUAUUGGACUAAUAUACGUAAUAAUUUAAAAUUCUCUCUAUUUCUCAAGUUUUAAUAAGGCUUACACAACAUUUUAUUUCUAUAUUCAGCUUGUUGCUACUGUUAUAUAUGUGAGUGUGGUUGAGAGAAUAACAAAUUCCUUAAGGGAGUCUUAUAAAUUAUAACUUAUCUUUUUUACAUUCAUUUUGAUUGAGAGCUCCUUUUAAAUAUAUUUAGUUGAAGUAUAUUUAUAGAAUGAGACAGAGAAUAAUAUAUUAACUGUAUGCUAGUUGUUUAUAAACUUAUUACUUGUUUUAGGGAUAGUCAGAACGAUAAAAUUAAGAAUUAUGAUACUACUGAAAUUUUACAUUUAUUUUAUUGCUAGAGGAAUUACUUUCCAUUUUAAAACAUUAUAAUCGGUCAAUAUUUUAUUUUUUAUAAUUUUGAUUUUGUAUUUUUGGGAUUAGCAAUUAAUAAAUUUGAGCAAAGUCUCAUAAUUUACUGAUCAAACUUUGAAAAGUAUUCCAAGUGCUGUAUGUGUAUUAGAUUAAAAUUGUUAAGAUGUAUUAUUUACAAAUAAUUUUACUAAUAAAUUAAUAAAUUCUCUAAAUUAUGGUGGAUUUUCAGGAACAAAAUCUAUUAAUCUAUAGAAUUAAAGAUUUCCAUCUUAGGAAUCAAUUUUAAGUUCACCCUUUAAUGAAUUAGUUUAAUUUUUUGAUAAUUUAACUUUACCCUAAUCUGAGGUUAAAGAGUAAUUUAAUUCUGAUAGUGUAAAUAGAUUAGAUUCUAAAUAUGAAUGUGCGGAUCAAAAUUAAAUUAAUCUUAAUCAAGCUUUAAAAUUAAUAAAAAUGAAUGAGAAAUAAACAUCAGGAUGUAUAUAUACGUUAAGAUGUUCAUUCAAUAAUCAGAUAUAAGGAUCAGAAUAUCCAAUAAUAGUAGAAGCUAGGAUAAAAACUAAAUUACAAUAUGGCUUAAAUAGAAAUGCCAUCCUUUUGAAUCUCUAUGAUAUAUCUCCUAAUUUUAAAUCUUCUUAUUAUAAGAAACUUAAUGAGUUCAAAAGCUAAGUAAUUCGUUCGAUAUCACAUGAAUUAAGAACAAGAUUAAAUGUUAUUUAAGGUUUCUUAUAAGUAAUUUAAUGUAACAGUAUUAAUUAUGAUAAAGAAACUAAUAAAUUAUUAAGAGCUGCAUUCAAUAAUUGCCGAAUUCAAAAUCUUAUAAUAAGUUCAAUUAUUAAUUAUAAUUUAAUAAGAGAAAAGAAAUUGGUUACAAAAAUUGAAAAAUGUAAAUUGAUAUCAAAAAUAUAAGAAGUCUUAGAUUUAUUUUAAGAGGAAGCUGAAAUAAAAAAUAUUAGAAUAACAUUUUAGAAAUAAAUCAAUUAAUAAUAAAAUGAAAUGUUAGAUUAUGAAAAAUUUUAGAGUAUUUUGAUCCAUAUGAUAUCAAAUAGUAUAAAAUUUAAUAAUAAAGGCGGAUAAAUUUUUAUAACAAUUACAAAAGAGACUUAGGAUAGAGAUAAAAUAAUUAAUAAUAAGGAGAAUGAAAAGAAGACUUUAUAACCUUCAUAUAGUUCUUAAACAAAUAGAAGUUGUUAGGAUUUAAAUGAAAGUUCUUUUCAUUUUCCUUUAAGGAAAAAUACAACAUUAAGAUAAUAAUUAAUAAAUCCUUCUAGUUAAUUUUCAAAUGUUUAACUACCAUAAUAAACGAAUACUUAUCUAUAUGAAUAUUAUAUAAUUGAAAUUAAAGAUAAUGGUUAGGGAAUAAAUUCAUAGAAAUUGGAAGCAAUUUAAAAUUUAUUAAAAAAUGAAGAGAAAGCCUUCUAAGAUUUAGAUAGUGAUUCUGCAUCUGGUAUGAUGUUAGGUUUAAGAGCAUCUAAUGCAUUAAUAAAAUAUCUAAGUGGAAAAGAAGAAGAUAAUUAUAUAACAAUCGACUCAAUUAUAGAUUAAGGAACUACAGUUUGUAUUCAUCUCAAAUGUCGAGUAAUAUAAUUAACGGAUGGACUAUUACCGAGUGAUUUAUAUAAUAAAGAGAGUUCUUAGAUUGAAUUAGAAGGAAAGAUACCAGAUAUUGAAUGCUAAAGUUUUAAAUUUAAUAUAUGGACAGAUCCAGAAAUGAGUAGUAAAACUAAUAUGAUUUGCAAAACUAAAAGAUCUUCUUAAAAUAUAAAUUUGAUUAAUAAAAAAGGGAGUGUUCACAUGUUCUCUAAUAAUAACAUAUCAAGUUUUUAUAAAAAUAUGGAAGGCAGUUAAUUUAAGAGUUAAAGUUGUUUUUGUGAAUAAAAAAUAGUUAUUGUUGAUGAUGAACCAUAUAAUUUAUUAGUUUUGGAAUCUUUGCUUAAAUAAUUAGGAUAUUUGUCAAUUAAAGCAGAUAAUGGUAAAUAAUGUGUUUAACUGAUUGAAAAUAAUAUUUCAUUGUUUGAUGAACAUAAAUGUCAAGGAUUUAAAGCUAUUAUUAUGGAUUAUUAAAUGCCAAUAAUGAAUGGAUAAGAAGCGACUAAAUAAUUAUAGUUUCUAUUCAAAGAAUAGUCCAGAAUUCAAAUUCCAAUUUUUGGAUUAACAGGAUUUUCUGGAGAAGAUGAUUUAAUCAAUUUAAUAGAUGCUGGAAUGAGAGAAGUUUAUAUUAAACCUAUUACUCUUAAAACAUUGGAAGAAAUGAUCAAUAAUUUAAAUUUAAUAGAAUGUAGGGAUACACCAUGUCUAUCUUCAAGGCAAUUUUAAUGUUUUGAACUAAAUUAUGCUGAUGACUUAGAAUAAUUAGCUCAUGAAUGA